GGCAGGAACGGAACACCGAAUGUGCAGUGCGCUUUUGCGCAUUAUUUUGCCUCGUAUUUGUCUAGCAGCGGCAGUGCUAACCGACGGGAACCACCCCUUGAAAGCCUUAUGUGAUAUUCCAAUAUACGACUUAUUUGUCGACUACAUUUUUACAUAUUUUGUGCUUACUAGAUAUUAACUAAAAUGAACCCAUCCUGCGCACGGUGUGGCAAAGUUGUCUACGCGACUGAAAAAAUAAAUUGCCUAGAUAAGUACUGGCACAGAGGAUGUUUCCACUGCGAAGUGUGCAGAAUGCCUCUCAACAUGAAUAACUAUAAAGGCUAUGAGAAGAAGCCCUACUGCAAUUCACACUACCCAAAACAAACAUUCACCAUCGUGGCAGACACCCCAGAAAACCUGCGGCUGAGACAACAGAGUGAACUGCAGAGCCAGGUCAAAUACAGGAAGGACUUUGAGGAGAGCAAGGGACGAGGGUUUAGUAUUGUCCUGGACACACCUGAGCUUCAAAGACUGAGGAGGACCCAGGAACAGAUCAGCAAUGCCAAAUACCAUAAGGACUUUGAGCUGUCAGGUGUUCAAGGUCUCUCACAGGGGACGUGUGGACAUUACUUGGUUCGAGCACAAGUGAGGCCAAGUAAGCAAGAAGUUGGAAACACAUCACACAAGGGUGUGCAUCAGUACAUUAUGGAGAUGGACCGAAAGCCAGGAAUUAUUGUGGCUCCAGUUCUCCCAGGAGCUUACUACCCAGGUGGACAUACUCAGGGCCACAGCUAUAUGCACCAGACCAGCAUGCGUUCCCUUCGAUCAGUACAACACAGACCACAUCCCACCAUGACUGUGUACAGAGCUCUGUAUGACUACACUGCACGGGACACUGAUGAGGUCUCCUUCAGGGAUGGUGACAUCAUCCAGCACACACAGCCCAUAGAUGACGGUUGGAUGUACGGUACAGUGAGGAGAACCGGGCGUUCUGGCAUGUUACCUGCUAACUACGUAGAAGGCAUCCGCUAACGCUAGAGAGACCUUACCCAUUAAACAGCAACUGUGUAAGAGUCUCGGGGGCCCAUUUGUAGACAGGACCAAAUUGUAAUGUACCGGUCGUGUUUAGUACGGUUACAUAUAAAUAUAUAUAUAUUUCUGUAUGUGUGGUCUGCCCUCAGCCUGAAAGUGAAUUUGAAACAGCCAGUAAGUUCACCAAUACAUAUCAAUUGUGCAUUAUUAGCAGUGAACAGAAACUGUUUCGUAACAGUCUUGGGGCCCUUUCGUAUACAGGAAUAAAUAGUAAUGAUGUAUGUUACCAUUCUUUGAUAGCCUGUGUCGAUAAGGCUUUUAUGAUCUUUCCUGACAAUAUAUAGUAUCUGUAAUGGUUCACAGUUACAUAUACUUUUGCUAUUGUGUUUCAAUUUUGUAUGGUCUCUUGUGUUGCAUAGUUUAAAGAGACAUAUUUUACAAGCAAAUGAAUCAUGUAAAGAGAUGGACUUAGGUUUUUAUUUAAAAUUAUAUUAAAUUGGCAGAAGACAUGUAACAGAUCCUUUUUCGUGAUUGUGAGACAUGUAUCUUCUUCAUUUUUGUAUUAGUGUUGUUUUUUCUUUUCUAAAGAAAGCAAUGUCCCUGGUGCAGUAUUCAUGUUAAAAUUAAUAUAAUGUACCAAAAUAGGGAAUGAUAUUUGUUACAUCUGCAUACAAAACUGUGCAUAUUAAAGUGGUUCCAUGGAAAUUA